CUAAAAUAUAGUUGAGAGUAUAAGCAAGUAUAUUCAUUAUUCAAAACUAAGAUAUAAUUGAAUUUUAAAAUGCAUUUAAUUAAAAUAUUUAAAAACGCACUUUGCACCUUUUUUGUGAUCACAAUUGCAUUUGUAAAUGCAAUGGAAGAAGAUGAAGUCGAGAAGGUUUUCAAAGCACACGAAGUGGUACCGGACGUUAUACUAACUCCACCGAAACAAUUUCUUAAGAUUACCUAUGAAAAUGGUUUAACUGUUGAUAAAGGUGCCGAUUUGACCCCCACUCAAGUGAAAUCAGAGCCAAAAGUUGACUGGGUUGCAGAAGAAAAUAUUUAUUACACGCUUAUAAUGACAGAUCCAGAUGCACCCACACGCACAGAUCCCAAAUUACGUGAAGUUCACCAUUGGCUCGUAGGCAAUAUACCCGGUAAUGCCAUUGAGCAGGGUGAAGUCAUAACAGCUUACGUAGGUUCUGGUCCACCAGAAGGUACGGGUCUACAUCGUUAUGUGUUCUUGCUUUAUAAGCAGCCAAGCAAGUUGGAAUUUGAUGAACCACGUGUUAGCAAUCGAAGUCGCAAUAAUCGUCCCAAAUUUAGUGCUAAAAAGUUUACGGAAAAAUAUAAUUUGGGUACACCAAUUGCUGGAAAUUUCUAUCAAGCACAGUGGGAUGAAUAUGUGCCAAUUGUGCAUAAACAGCUUUCAGGCAAUUAAAUUGAACAUCAGUAUAUCUUGUUUUUCUAAAAAUAAAAUAUUUAACAAUUGUUAA